AUGGGGGGAACCGCAAAACAACCUGCUUCAGGACCGGGGGCAAUGUUGAGGCAAUCAUCGUGGAUUUUGUUGACGGCGCAGUACACGGCAUUUGUGUUGCUCCUUCAUUAUUCUAGGGUGAUGCCUCCGACCAACGGGAAGCGAUACAUCGCGUCUACGGCCGUAUUCUUUAAUGAAGUCAUCAAACUCGCGAUCUCCUUGACCAUUGCACUCUACGACGUGUCAAAAUCGGCGCCUCCAACCGUCCCCGCUACAUCUCUUCUCUCUUCUCUCACGGCUGCCGUGUUCUCCGGGGACAGCUGGAAGCUCGCGAUCCCGGCCGGCUUGUACACCCUCUCCAAUUCGUUGCAAUACGUCGCUCUCUCCAAUCUGCAAGCUGCGACUUUCCAAGUAACAUACCAGCUGAAGCUCGUCGUGACAGCUGUCUGUGGGCUUGUUUUGUUUAAGAAGACUGUUCCUCUUCGCAAAUGGGGCCUGCUGCUGCUCCUACUCGUGGGUAUCGGGCUCGUCCAGAUGCCCGACGGAACCUCCGAACAGGCUGCCUUGGAAGAUAAGACAACGCACCCUGCCUUCCCGCGGUCCUUGGAAGAAUGGAAAGCCGUAAAGCUCGACCGCCCGAAUUUGCACAAGCGCUCUGCGACCUACGAAGGCAUCGAAGAGGAUAUUUUGACUGCGUUCCCGCGCAUGAAUGGAACGAUUGGUCUUCUCGCGGCCGUCGGUGCAUGCAUUGCUUCCGGCCUUGCCAGCAUCUAUUUCGAGAAGGUGCUCAAAGACAGUGCCAAGACAACGUCGGUCUGGGUUCGUAAUGUACAGCUGGCCGUCUAUUCUGUCUUCCCCGCGCUUUUCCUCGGCGUGAUCUUUUUGGAUGGUGAGAAAAUUGCGGCCAAUGGGUUCUUCGAGGGAUAUAACUGGGCAGUGUGGUCCACCAUCCUCGUUCAGGCCGUCGGAGGCAUCACGUCAUCGUUCUACCUUGGAUCUUCUUAUAGAGAUACUAAGAAUGUGGCUACGGCCACGAGCAUUGCCCUAAGCACGUUGGGCAGCAUUUGGCUAUUUGAGUUUGAGCCUACCGGUAACUUUCUUCUCGGAACCUUUGCAGUCCUCGUGGCCACUUAUCUUUGCGAGGACUCCAGCUUGGGACUCGGCCAGGCCACACGCCAAAGUUCUCGCCCCCCGCCCAUUCGCAUCGACAGGUACGAAAAGGAUUCAAGAAGUGACGAGGUCUCGCCGGUGUCAUCACCUCCCAACGAGAUCUCCAUCAAACUCCCGGGAACUCCCUUCCUGUCGGACGCAGGCUUGUCAACAUCUCGACCUACGUCCCCAGGACAUCCCAGACUCAACUCCGCCCGUACUGCGAGCGGUGGAUAUUUCGAUAAACAUUGA